UUCUUGUUUUUUACUCCAGGACGCAUCGAAUCGUGUUUUCUAAAUUUGGAACCAAGCGAUUCGUGACGAAAUUCUCUUUUCAUUUUUGGACGAUCGGUAACUGUAGUGUACGAUCUUGGUCAGUAUUAAGGAGGUGACCAGUGGACAGAAAAAUAAAUAUGAUGAAACAGCACGAGGACAACUACGAGAGGACAGUGGCACAGAGGAUUCGUGAGCGAAUCAUGAACCAUCCUCCUUACAUAGACAAGGGUGCGAGGAUUUUGAGGACUGGGUUCGAAUUCGUUGCUUACAUCAUUUUCGCCCUCAUUAACCGGAAGAGCCCGAAAGUCCACCUGCCCCCAAUUAAUGACGAGAUCUUGCUGGAUAGUGCUGUGGACCUCGCCAGGAAAAUUCGGGAACGCAUCUAUUCUUGUGAGGAUGUCGUGAUUGCGUUCAUGCAACGGAUUCAAGAAAUCAAUCCCCUUGUCAAUUGUGUGGUGGACGAGAAUUUCGAGAAGGCUUUGGACAGAGCCAGAGAAGUUGACGACUUUCUGGACACCACGGACAAAUCAGUGGAUGUAAUUGAAAAGGAGUUGCCCUUCCUCGGAGUGCCUUUUUCUUGCAAAGAUUCUAUUGCAGUGAAAGGGCUGAAACAGACGAUUGGCUUGAUGUCGAGGAAGGAGACAGUGGCUGAGGAAAACGCCACAGCCAUCAACGCUUUGGUUGAAGCUGGUGGGAUUCCUUUGGCUGUCACGAAUGUUCCUGAAGUUUGUCUCUGGUGGGAAAGCGUGAAUCCUCUUCAUGGUCGCACUCUGAAUCCGUACGACUCGAGGCGGUUGGUUGGAGGUUCUUCGGGUGGUGAAGCUUGUUUGCUGACUUCCUGUGGAUCGCCUCUGGGAAUCGGAUCUGACAUCGGUGGCUCCAUUAGAAUUCCUGCCCAUUUUAAUGGCAUUUACGGGCAUAAGCCCACAUUCAGCAUUGUUUCCAACAGCGGAUCGCUGCCGGAUUUGCGCGGAGAAAUGAAUGAAUUUUUAGUAAUUGGCCCGAUGGCCAAGCGUGCCAAGGAUUUGCGCGCGACGUUGAAAAUUCUUGGCGGAGAAGUUGGACGGAAAAAGUUGCAACUGGACAAAAAGGUUGACAUUAAGGAUAUGAAGUUUUAUUUCAUGGAGGACGAUGGGGGAUUCCCCCUAAUCAGCCCUGUUGAUGGCGACAUGAAAGGAGCUUUGUUCCGAGUGGUGAAUCAUCUUAAAUCCCACUACGGAGUUGAGGUUGAACAGGUUUGCUUUUCAAAAUUUUUCCAUGCCAUUGAAAUGUGGAGUCUGAAGAUGUCCGCGGUUGAAGAGGCUCCUUCCUUUUGCGAAGAACUUGCGAAUCGGAAGGGUGAAAUAAACCCUUUCUGGGAGAUGGUCAAGUUAGCCGUGGGAAAAUCGAACCAUUCGUUUCCUGCGAUCGCUGUGGCGAUGGCUGAGAAACUGGCUUAUUUGCAAGCGGAUACCAAGUACCAAAGGAAAAUUAUCGAAGGCUGUGAUCUGUUGCGUGAAGAAUUUCAGUGUGGCAUUUUAUUGCAGCAUCUGCUGGGAGAAAAUGGCGUGUUCUUGUAUCCAUCGUAUCCACAUCCGGCGCUGUUUCAUAACCAAGCCAUGUUGAUGCCUUUCGGAUUUGCUUAUCAAUCAAUCUUCAAUGUUCUAAAGUUGCCUGUGACUCAGUGUCCUGUUGGACUGUCGAAAGAAGGUCUACCCCUUGGUAUACAGGUAUAUAUAGGAUUUGUUGUUUCUCGGCUCCACAAUGAUCACUUGACUUUGUCUGUGGCGGAAGCGUUGGAAGAGACCUUGUGCCAAUGGGUUCCUCCUUGUGGCGUUGCAGUCGGUGAGAAUUGAGUCUUCAAGAGGGAACGUCAAAACAAAUUCAAGGUUGAGCUGGUCUCAAAAUAAUUUUGAGUGAAUGCAAUGAAUGAUUUUGCUUUUCGACAUCACAAAAGAAAACAAUGAACGUAUCCAAAGAUACCCGGCGUUUAUGCAGAAAGAAUUGUCGAUUUGAAUGUUCGGAAAUCUCUGUAUAUUUUCGUACAGAGGAAUAAAAAUUUCCUUGGGAAGAGUGAAAUAUGCACCGGAUAUGUUCUGAAUAAAAAGCAAAACCGUUUUGAAUGUGAGAAAACUGAGUGUGGAGAGGAUUGCAUUGCUGAAUCGAUGGGAAGCGCUGCUUUGCAAAUUUACAUGUCGUUGGCUAUUGAAAGUAAAGCUUGAAAAAAAUUCGCAUUUUUUCUGUA